CACUUCCCAGAGUGCCGCGCGCGCAAUGGCGGCGGCUGCCGGGGCGGCCGGGGCGCGCUGAGGAGCGGGGCGGCGGGAGGUGUCUCCGGUACCUGGAGCAGGAUGUACACUCUGCUGUCCGGGCUCUAUAAGUACAUGUUCCAGAGGGAUGAGUACUGCAUCUUGAUCCUUGGGUUGGACAAUGCUGGUAAAACUACCUUCCUUGAACAAACUAAAACUCGAUUUAACAAGAACUACAAAGGGAUGAGUUUGUCCAAAAUCACAACCACUGUGGGCUUAAACAUUGGCACAAUUGACGUUGGCAAAGCUCGGCUCAUGUUCUGGGAUCUCGGUGGACAGGAGGAACUCCAGGCUCUUUGGGACAAGUAUUAUGCUGAGUCCCAUGGAGUGAUCUAUGUUAUUGACUCCACUGAUGAGGAGAGGCUCUCAGAAUCCAAAAGAGCUUUUGAGAAGAUGAUUACCAGUGAAGCUCUGGAAGGGGUUCCCAUUCUGGUGUUAGCCAACAAGCAGGAUGUAGAGACUUGCCUGUCAAUCCCUGACAUCAAGACAGCGUUCAGUGACUGCAUUAACAAAAUUGGGAAGAGAGACUGCCUGACACAGGCCUGCUCUGCCCUCACAGGGAAAGGAGUGAACGAGGGCAUUGAGUGGAUGGUGAAGUGUGUGGUGAGGAACAUCCACCGGCCCCCCAGGAAGAAGGACAUCACGUAAGGGAGCGGGAGGCGGCCCGGCAGCGGACAGGCCUUUCCCACUCUGCUUUGUGUUCCCUGUAAAGAAGGUGAUCCACUGGAUUCCUGUUGCAGCUGCUUCUUUCCUAAAUGUGGAGACAAACAUUCUCUUUCUCCAUGUCUAAAACACUUGAGCAGAGGAUUCCAGCAGGGUGGGGGGUGGGAAUCUCCUGCAGUAAGUAUUCCACCACCAGUCUGAGAGCACAGAGCGAGUGGCAGCCUCCACAUCACUGCAGAGCCAAAGGACUUCACUUCUUGCAGCCUGACUUUGUGAUCCUUGAUUUGUAAGUCUUUACAGGCCAGAGGCCAGUGCCAUGAAGGAACUCCUGAAGAUUCUGUGUAGGUGAAUGUGAGAGGGGAGGGAGAGCCUAGGGAACGGCUGGCCCUUCUAAAUGAGAAGACACCUUGCUGCUCCAGCCCCAUGGUUACUAGAGGGGGUGUUACUGGCCCUGUUAACACUGCUGUUUGUAUAACUGGGAGAGACGGCUUUGCUUAGAACUCAGUGUUUCAGCCUGAACAUUGAUGUGUGACUUUUACCUGUGGGGAAGGCAGCAGCUGACAGUGCAGAGCUGUUGAAAGUGAGUGUCGGUGAUGGACAACUCCAGAAGCACUGCCAGGCUCCCACAUCCUAAGAACCAUUGGUAUCUUCUGUACCUGGACUGAAUUGAGGCCUCUCUGGGAUCUUUCUAGGGUGAAAGCUGAACCUCUAGGCAGGGAGCAAUCAGUAUGCAAUAAAGCUUACUUCUUGGAACUUCUCUUGCUGAAACAA